AUGGAAGACCACCAGGUCGCUUCACCAAUGACACCACGCACAAAUGCGCGUCGACGACUUCGUAUACGGCCAUCAGCGAAGCCUGUUCACAUUGACGACGUUGAUAUCAUUCCAGAUCCCAGUUCUGAGCUAUGGAUCUCUCCAACAGCAAUGUCAAACAACGACACACCAAUCCACAUGAAGCCCCCGUCGCCUGUCAUUAUAGGAACACCAUCCACUGCCAAUCGUUUACGGACACAUUUCAACACGCCUGAUCGCCCUAGUCCUCGCGUGAACUUUGCUGACAGGCUCAAACAAGUGGUGGAUACGGACGACGAGUAUUUGAAGACGCAUUCAUUUCUACCUAUCACGAACAAUCAUCCGACGCGGGAAGCAACGAUUGACCAUGACAACGACUCCACACCAGAACCAUCAUAUGAAGACAAUGAAGAUCAUCAUCAGCAGCAUAAGAACAAUGAGGAUCAACAAGAGAAGAAGGAAGAUCAGCGUGAUAAAAGCUAUAAAGUGAUUCAUCGAAAGGACCUCCGGCUUUUGGAUGUUGAAGUUAUUGUUCCAAUUGAUUCUUGUAGCGAUGAAUCAUCAGAAAAGGAGCCAAAUGAUGACAAUGAUGGGAUCCCUUUACUGCCACCUGAUCACGAGUUGUCGGAAUUAAUACAAGAUAAUAUCGAGGAGGGUUCCACCCCACUAUCAGAAAUACAAGUGACAAACAACAAGCGUGGACCAUUGGCUGAAUUACCAUCAUCAAACAACUAUGGCUUGAAAAAGUCAUCAUCGUAUCAUCACAUUGGGUUAUCAUCAGGAUCCUCAGAUGAUCCUCUCUUUACGUCAAUUAAAGCGUCUGACAAGUGGGUGGUGAAAAAGAAUACCAAGUCCUCGAUUCCUGCUACUACAAACUCACUAUCAACAAGAUCACGUGCACAAACUCACAUGACUCCGCACAACCAAAGAAACGCAUCUUCCCGUCAACGAUGGCCGAAGCAAAAGGCAGCGAUACCAGUAUCAGAAAGAGUGAUGAAGAUUUUGAAAAAGCGCAAAGGACCUAUGCGGCCAUCAAAACGACCAUGGAAGAAACGAAGAAGAUCCUCUUUUCGGGUACAGCAAUGUUGA